CGACAAUUCGAUGCAAUACGUUAUGCAGCGCCACCGGUAUUGUACGACUACGAAGGUCCCAUGCCUGCAAAGUGUUCUACAUAUUGCGUUGGCUUGUUUGCAUGUCUUGUGCGUUUGAGUCAACAUACUCCUGUCUCAUUGCUCGACAGCUGCUUCCGAUCGAGCAUCAUCCUUGCCGAAACGGGAGACCAUUCGUAGGUUGUUUCGCCAGACUACUAAUACUGCGAUCGGCCAACCCGGGUGAUGGGCUCGGACCAGAGCCGCCCAGAUAUGUCCAACUACUCUCCGGCGAAUGUUGGAACACGCAAUGCAGCAGCAACGACUCCCUCGGCAUCACCAGGAAUGGUUCAUGGUGGUGACAUGGAAUGGCUCCCACCGAAAAGCGCUGAGAUCGGGCUUCGUCCAACCAACACUGAUCGUUUCGGUACUUGGGCCCAUGUCAGACUAAGAAAGCGUCGCCUUGAAGAGGAUGGCGUGCUAUCAAGCUCUCCAGACCGUAACCGGGUGGUCGAUCGGCUUGAUCGAACCUUUCGGCGGGACAAUUCUGAUGCCCGUAACGCACCUUACACUCACUACAGUCCUGAGAGAUCUAGUUACCAUAAUAGCAACCGUCAACCAUUGCUACCAAGGCAAGAUUCCGACCACUGGGGCAGAGAAUCUAUCUCGCCACCGCCGGUCAGGCGCGGAGAUUCUGCUCUCCUUGACCACAGGGAAAUGAGAUCACCUCGCAGCUUACGGCCGUCACUGUCGUCCCUUUACAGCUACUCCGAACGCUAUCGCGUGAGCGACGGGAUUGACGAGUCUCCGGACUUGAUGGACGGUCGACCGCGCUUCCCGAACAAGGUUUGGGUGGCACCUCGUCACAAUUCGAACGCGAACGCCUCAUUCAACGCUGGAGCCGCCUCGGCAGGACUUCAACGGCCUCAAGAACGUCCCCAUGGGCCCCAAGAGGUUGCCAAGAAAAACUAGCCUUCCCCCAGUCGAACCGAGUGUCCGCGCUGCACCACACAUCUUUGUAUCGAGCGACGCUGUGCCUCCAAUGCCUCAAGCAGAGAUACAUGUUCGUGGGUUGCUUAGAAAGUUCGAACCAUUCAAACUGCGCGUCGACGAUUUGGGCUACUACAUUGUGUUC